UGUGUGAAUUCAUCGUUAAAUAAUCCGCGUUGAUCAGUUGAUAGCUGCGGAGGAAAUGGAGAACACGACGAUUCUGAGAGAGUGGUUUGAGGUUGUUGAUUCUGAGAAAACCGGAAAUAUUACGGCCUCUCAACUCAAGAAAGCUCUCGCGGUUGGGAACCUCGAAUUCCCCAUCUCCAUUGUUCAGCAAAUGAUCAGGAUGUAUGAUUUCGACAGGAAUGGAACGAUGAGCUUCGAUGAGUUCGUUGCGCUUAACAAGUUUCUUCUCAAGGUUCAACAAGGGUUUUCGGAUUUUGAAAGGGAUCGCGGUUAUCUUGUUCAUGAUGAUGUGUAUGAGGCAUUGGUGAAAAUUGGGUUCUCGCUGGACUCUCCGGCUUUUUACACUGUAUGCGAGAGUUUUGAUCAAAAGAAGAAUGGGAUAUUUCGAUUAGAUGACUUGAUAUCUCUUUGUAUAUUUUUGCAGUCAGCACGUAACUUGUUCAAUUCGUUUGAUACGGCUAAGCAGGGUCGGGGAACUCUUGAUCUCAACCAAUUUGUAUACUGCACUGCCAAUUGUAGAAUAUGAGACCAUCGUCAUUCGUCACUAAAGUAUUGUAGAGUGAUUCUGUACACCCCACAGAACGGAGUAAAGUUGUUGAUGUUAAUGGUGAUAUGUAUUUUUCAUUUAUGAACCACGUCCGAACACCCUGUAGAAGAUUCGUUUAUGCAUCUCUGAAAUUCCGAACAGAUUAUAGCCAAAGUGGAUUGUAAUUUUCUUUUUUGCUUGGGCAAAAUGUAUUGCAAUUUGCUUUCACUAUGGAAACAAAUAUGCUUUGCCUUCCUAAUAAAGUCUACAUUUCA